UUUUACCUCCAAGGCCGAGAUACUGGAGCGUGACGGGUACGUUUACUUGGAACCUCUCAAAAUAUUUCCCACCGAUCAAUUUGUUAUAGUGGAAAGGGCUGGCGCGGAAAAUGCAUUGACAGAAGACACGGAGCAACGCACGAGUGCCGCGUCCAGCCAGACUCACCCACCUAUCACUACCUUUACGACCAUGUGUACCACUCCUGGAAAUGCAGGAGCAGGAUUCGGGUACGCUUGGUCCUUUGGUGGGCCAGGGACAGAGACCCGAGAGAAUGCCCAGAGCGAACUCGCUACCAAUAUCAGUUAUGCUGUCAACAACAAUCAGGAUCAAGGUUCCAGUCAAAAGAUACAAGUCGAUAUUAAGCCGACCAAGGUUGCCACUACCACUCAUCGUCGGCCAAUGUUUGCGAUGAACGAGAGUUGUCAGCAAACCCCUACUACGCAUCAUGGCCAUACGGGUGGAGCGCAUAAUCAAACAACCCAUGGUACUCACGUCCGUACUAAAAAGCAUCACGAUGUAUUUUCAUUAACCUGUGACAAAGGGGGAUGUAAUUGCGAUGCAGCGCAUCCCACACCUCCACCUUCCUUGUUCUCAAAUACCUUAGUUUUUACUACAGCCGACAAGCAUGCCAUGAGUAAGCACUUCAUGACACCGCUCGGACCGUUACAGCUUACGGCAGAAGAGUGCAAUGAGAUAUUAAUGAAGAGAGCAGCCGCUGCGUCUAAUCAAGCCAAUGCAGCGAAUAACGUUGCGACCAGUCAGACAGACAAUACUGCCCAUUUCGGGCACGUUUUGACUCAUGUGAAUACUACGCAAAUUGAGUCGAAAGCCAAACAGCAACAGGAUAUGGGAAGUCAGGUCCGUGUACCGAAAGAACGACCGUAUUCUUGUUCAGAAUGUGGCAAAUCCUUUCUUCUCAAACAUCAUCUUACGACACACGCCAGAGUUCACACUGGAGAACGGCCGCACAUUUGCAUUCAUUGUGGCAAAAGUUUUGCGCACAAACAUUGUCUUCAUACGCAUCUACUAUUGCAUAGCGCCGAGAGACCGUAUCAAUGUCGCGAAUGUAAAAAAUCUUUCACUCUGAAACAUCACCUUGUAACACAUACCCGCGUGCAUACGCGGGAGCGGCCGUUUGUCUGUCAAGAAUGCGGAAGAGCAUUUCCUCUAAAACGUCAUCUAGUGACGCACAGUAAAUUCCACUCGGGGGAAAGACCUUACGUUUGCGAAGAGUGCGGGGAGUCGUUUUCGCAAAAGGAUCAUCUUACGAUGCAUUCACGCUUCCAUGGCAGCCUACAUCCAUUUGUUUGCCACGAUUGCGGUGCAACUUUCCAAAGGAAGUUUGAGCUAGUUAAUCAUGGUCGGUUACAUGGCAGAGUUCCACAUUCGUGUACUGUCUGUGGAAAGGAAUUUCUGCAGAAGAGAACACUUUUAGCUCAUAUGCGUUUACAUACAGGCGAAACACCUUUCGCUUGUACUGUUUGUGGAGAAGCAUUCCCUCGGAAAACAGACCUGGUCGCUCAUUCUAAGAUUCACAAUAAUAAUGCAAAUCCAGAUGAAAAAUCUCUCACAUGCAGAGAAUGUGGGCUGGAGUUCCCGAAUCGAGAAGCUCUAAAUUUGCACCAAAGGUUACAUACUGGCGAUCGAACACUUGUAACGGACCUUUGUGGAUUAGCAGCUGCCUUUCAGCAAACUCCAGCACAUUUUCUUACCCCGAACACUCCAGGAGCACAUCAAAUGAACGGGCCGAUAGGAACGCCGGGUGUAAGUCAUAUGCAUGGUGCGACACAAACAUCUCCCCCAGUGGGUACAGGACCAAAACCUAAGCCACACAUUUGUCCUGAUUGCGGCCGUGGUUUCGCACAAAAACACGGCUUGUCACAACAUCAACGACGUCACACAGACGGCAGUUGCCAUAUAAGAUCACACAUAUGCGAUAAAUGCGGCAAAGCUUUCUUCCAAAAAAAUCAUUUGUUACUACAUCAACGUCAGCAUAUGGAUCCGCCACCAAGUAUACUUAGGCAACAACAAAGACAAGCUGCUCAAGCUGCAGCUCAACAAGCACAACAGCAGCAACAACAACAGCAAGUGCAACAGCAAGCGCAACAGCAACAAGUUCAGCAACAGCAGCAACAGCAGCAGCAAGUGCAACAAGUACAGCAGCAGCAGCAGCAGCAGCAGCCACAGCAACAGCAACAAACGUGUUCUGUCGAUACGAAAACGAUUCAACUACAGGCAAUACAGCAGCAGGUACAGCAGGUGCAACAACAAGUGCAGCAGCAACAACAGCAGCAGCAGCAACAACAGCAGCAACAACAGCAGCAGCAGCAACAGACGCAGCAACAGCAAGCAUGUUCCGUGGACGCUAAAGCAAUACAGUUGAAUGUCACCAUGUGAGACGGUAUAAAGAUGAGGGACUGGAGAGUCCUUGAAACAAUAGCACUCCCAAAUGCGCACCCUGCUGCCACCCUCUGC